AAUUACAUAAUGGCACAAAUAUGGCAAUAUGAGCGAGCGCAAAAGCUGGAAAAAAAAUAAUCAAGGGAUCACCUCGUAAAUCGAGAUCAUUUUAUGUAAUGAAAUAAAGAAUAAUGUGUACCUGAAGAUCCAUCGAUCGAUUAAUAAAAUAAUAAGACUGGAACGAUGAUUUUUAUAAAAUUGGGCCUAAAAGCCAUAGCUUAUGGCAUUGUUUUCUUACUUCAUAGUAUUUUAACCGCCGACGGAAGUCAUAUAUUGCCCCACACUGGACAAAGCGAAACCAAUGACCUUGGUCCCGAAUUUUUAGCUCAAUUGACUAAUUUUACAGUACCCCAAGGACGAGACAUAUCAUUUACUUGCGUUGUGGACAACUUAGGACCAUAUAGGGUGGCCUGGAUUAAAUCUGAUUCCAAAGCAAUACUUGGAAUACAUACUCACAUGGUAUCUCUAAAUCCCAGAUUAGCAGUAACUCACAACGGCCACAACACCUGGAAGCUUCACAUAUCCCGCGUGCAAAUAAACGAUUCUGGUAGCUACAUGUGUCAAGUGAAUACAGACCCAAUGAAAAGCCAAUCAGGAUAUUUGGAUGUGGUUGUUCCACCAGAUAUUCUUAACCACCCAACACAAAAUCUUGAGGAAGGUGUUAGCACAGAAGGUGGCAGCAUUGCUCUUGAGUGCAGCGCAACCGGCGUUCCCGAGCCAAAAGUUCAAUGGCGGCGUGAAGCAGGAAAAGAUAUUAUACUUCGAGCAGAUAGUCGGGAAAAACAAGCUUUUAAAAUAGUGGAAGGUAAAAAACUAAUUUUGACAAAUGUUCAUCGAACAGAUAUGGGAGCCUAUAAUUGCAUUGCAUCUAAUGGUGUACCUCCAUCAGUCAGUAAACGCUUCGAUGUCCAAAUAAAUUUUCCUCCAUCGAUUAAAGCAGUCAACCAAUUAGUAGGAGCACCAAUAGAAAGGGAGGUAACUUUAGAAUGCUUCGUAGAGGUAAAUCCAAAGCCCCUUAACGGAUGGUACCGCAAUGAAGGCAACAUUAAGCUUCACAACAGCAAUAAAUAUAAUCUUUCGGAAGAAAUGAUUAACUUGUACACAUGGCAUCUUAAUCUAACCAUAAGGUAUCUAACAAAAGCCGACUUUGGAAGUUACAGCUGUUCAAGUGUCAAUGCCUUAGGAAAAAGUGAAACCCGCAUUAGAUUACAAGAAUUACGAUUACAGCCAAAGACGACAACCACCGUAGCUCCUCAUUUUUAUACAACAACAAAGCCACGUCGAAAACAGCUACCAGGAUACAACAAAGGAUUGAAUGAAGUGGUGCGUGCUAAAGAAACUCAUUUCUCAAAUCAAAUGAACCAAGAGAACAACCUCUUCGCCGGUGGAAUUAGUGUGUCACAGAAUUCCAACCGUUUAAUUUCUGAUGGCAAUGUUGAAAAUGGACAAAUCGACUCUAAGAUAAACGAAGCCGAAGUUCACACGCAACGACCAACACAUCCUGGAUCUGAAAACAUUUAUAGGACUUCGGACUCGGUACCAUCACCUCAUUCCCCUUGGUUACCUUCAAAUAGUGGCUCAUUGUCUAUUUUCUUCACUGCAAACAGAAAAUAUUUUCUCAAGUUGUUUUCAGUUUAUUUUUUUAAUGCGCGAAUGUAGACAUAUACUUACUCUACAAACCACUAUUAAUUAAUACUUAAUAAGAAUACAAAUAAAUUCUACUGAUUGGCACCUAAUGCUUGAAUUCCAGUUAAAUGCUCGAAACACAUUUUUGCUGAUGUGGCACACAUAUCCAUUUUUUUAAAAAACUACUCACAAUAGAAUAUUUAUUAUCGGCUAAAAUUUUAAUUUAUUUAAAAUAUCUUAUUUUUCGUUUUCUUAGUGUGCAAUACUAAAUAUACAAUGCUUGUAUCUACAAUCUACUAUAAUACUAUAUUAAAAACUCGGAACUGGUUUACUUAUGAAUGGCAGUUGUAAUUGUACUACAUUUAAAACAUUCUGGCACUUCUUUAAUAAACUAGAACAACUUCACUCAACAGCAAAAAACCUAAAAAUGAGA